UUUAUUUUUAUUUUUUAAGAUUUUAUUUAAUCCACGAGAGACACAGGCAGAGGGAGCAGCAGGCUCCGAUCCCGGGUCUCCAGGGUCACGCCCUGGGCUGCAGGCAGAUGCUCCACCGCUGAGCCACCCAGGCGCCGCGUAGAGCCAGUCUCUUGACGAUCUCGAAAAUCUCAGGACUUUAAAUACCAUCGAGGCAGCGAGCAUUCCCAGUCCAGAGUCACCUGGGGCGCUCGGUUCCCUGAUCGAGCUGUCCUCUCAUCCUACCUGGGCCUCCUGCUUCCUCUUCUCCCCGAUUCCCACGCUGUCCCCGCGGACCUGACCUUCUCUCCACCUCUGCCUCUGCCCCCGUCGGACUCUUCUCCCCUGGAGCGUCGGGCUGAAAGCAGGAGCCUGACGGUGUAGACUCCUCCCCCAGCUCCCAACCACCCGGGGCAGCCAGCAGCCGAGUCUCACGGCGGGGGAAACCGAGGCCCAGCGCGCCCACACGGGGCCUGCACGCGCCCCAGCUCCACGAGCGCGCGCCUCCCUCCCGGAGCCCACGCCGCUCCCGCGCCUGUGAAAGCCCGACGGGGCUGCGGCGUCCACGCCGGGACCCGGCGGGCUCCGCGGGAGGCGCGCGCGGCCUCCUCCCGACGUGGGCUGCAGGGCGGCCGCCGGGGCGGAGGAGAGCAGUCUGGGCGGGGGCUGCGGGGCGCGCGGGGUUUGCUCCCCGGAGCGCGCGGAGACGAACCCGCGGCCCCAGGCGCCCGGAACCCCAAGCCGCGGUCUGGGUUUCCGCCCGGCGGGCCCCUUCCGGCGCUCCCGGAAGCUGCGCUCGCUGCCCGGGUAACGGGCCCGGCCGGGGGGCGGCGGCGGCGGCGGCGGUACCACCGCUAUGGACCUGGAGGAGGCGAAAGAGUUCAAGGAAAGAUGUACUCAGUGUGCUGCUGUCUCCUGGGGUCUUACUGAUGAAGGCAAAUAUUAUUGCACUUCUUGCCACAAUGUUACAGAACGAUCUAAGGAAGUUAUAAACACUGGGGAUAUUCCUAAUACUAAAAUACAAGCCAUCAACCGGGGACUUAAAAGAAAAAGAAAAUUUGAGAAAGGCUGGGAUUGGUAUGUGUGUGAAGGUUUUCAGCAGAUACUUUAUCAACAAGCAGAAGCCUUAAAGACCCUUGGAGUAGGCCCAGAAUUAAAGAAUGAAGUUUUACAUAAUUUUUGGAAGCGCUACCUUCAGAAGAGCAAGCAGGCGUAUUGUAAAAACCCAGUUAAUACCAGUAAAAGAAAAGCUAUGGUAUUAGAAGAUAACCCAAGUCAUUCAGACUGGGAUAGUGAGCCUGACUUACUGAGUGACUUUAGCUGCCCUUCUUUUGUUGAAAGUGGAACAGACUCUAAGCCUGAUGGCCACACUCAGAAGCCUUUCCCCAUCAGCAGAACAUCACAAUCAGAAACAGCAUCCAUCUGUUCUGGAUCUCUUGAUGGAGUUACAUAUUCGCUACAAAAGGAGAAAGGAAUCGUGAAGAUGACGGUGCCAAGGACACUUGCUCUUUGCUAUCUGUCAUUACUGUGGCAAAGAGAGACAAUUACUCUUUCAGAUCUUUUGCGAUUUGUUGAAGAGGGCCAUAUUCCUUACAUACAUGCUUUCCAGCGUUUUCCAGAAGAGAUGAAAUUAUAUGGGCGUGACAAAGGAAUCUUUGCCAUAGAGUCUUGGCCUACUUAUGAGGAUAUCUAUAAAAAAACAAUUGAAAUUGCCAAAUUCUUAGAUUUGCCACGUUUUCCAGACAUAACUGAAGACUGCUAUCUUCAUCCAAACAUCUUGUGUAUGAAAUACUUGAUGGAAGUCAAUCUCCCUGAUGAAAUGAAUGAUUUAACCUGCCAGGUGGUAAAAAUGACUGGAAUAGGAGAAGUGGAUUUUCUGACAUUUGAUCCCAUAGCUAAAAUGGCAAAAACUGUUAAAUAUGAUGUUCAAGCUGUUGCUGUCAUUGUAGUAGUAUUGAAACUGCUCUUUUUAUUGGAUGACAAUUUAGAAUGGACUUUGUCUAAUAUUGCUGAGAAAUAUAAUGAAAAGAACAAAGAAGAUAAGCCAUGGUUUGAUUUCAGGAAAUGGUACCAAGUUAUGAAGAGAUCUAUUGAUGAGAAAAAACAAAAGUGGGAGGAAGCCAGGGCUAAGUAUCUAUGGAAAAGAGAAAAGCCCCUCUACCACUCAUCCAUUGACAAAGCAGUAGUAUAUAAAAGAAGAGAAAUGGUGGUGAAUCUACAAAAACAAUUUAGCACACUUGUUGAUUCAGUACCAACUGUUGAAAAAAAAAGGCCUUCAAGUUUUCAGUUCAAUUGGACUGAAGGAGACUCUACUAGAACCUGUUUCCACGGACAUGGCCUCCAGGGGAUUCUGAAGAAAAAAGGCCAGUCACUGACAACCAAGAAUUCACUAUAUUGGCUUAGCACACAGAAAUUCUGUAGAAGCUAUUGUAAACAUGUGACAACCUAUGAAGAAUCAAAUUUUUCGCGGAGUUAUCAGUUUAUAAUAAAUCUCUUCUCCUUCCUGCUAAGAAUAAAGACAUCUUCUCUCCAUGAAGAAGUGAGCUUAAUUGAAAAGAGACUUUUUAAAGCAAAAUAUAGUAAAACGAAAAAGAAAUCAAGAUCCAGGAAAAGGAGAAAAUAACAGAAAAAUGAAACAAACUUUCUUGGGAAAAUAUUUUAAUAGUGAUAAUAAUGUCGGGGGAUCCCUGGGUGGCGCAGCGGUUUGGCGCCUGCCUUUGGCCCAGGGCGCGAUCCUGGAGACCCGGGAUCGAAUCCCACAUCGGGCUCCCGGUGCAUGGAGCCUGCUUCUCCCUCUGCCUGUGUCUCUGCCUCUCUCUCUUUCUCUCUGUGACUAUCAUAAAUAAAUAAAUAAAUAAAAAUAAUAAUGUCAAAUUAUAAUAUUCUAGAGAAUUAUGGAAAAUAGAAUUUUAUUGUAUGUACACACAUAUAUAUGUAUCAAAUGUGCUUAUAAAAUGUGUAUUGGAAAAUAAGUAAACAGUGUUUGAAUUUAUUUUUUAAAUUAUAUUUUUUGAGAAGAUUAAAACAGUAAGUUUUAUAAAUGGUA